GUUAGGGUCUCUGCAAAGGCAUACAAGGGGGCAGGGUUCAGCUCUGAUCCUUUAGAAAGCAGGGGGUUCUUCUCCUCUUAUUUUUCUUUUAUUGUUGGUUCUCCGGGAAAAAGAAAGAUCAAAGAAUUUACCUUUCAGCAGAAAAAGGAAACAAAAAAGAAAAAAAGAAGAAGAAGGACCCGCAAACCUUUUCAACACCUUAUCCACAUAACAUAAUAUUCCAAAUACGAAACAAACAUGACAAAUCUACUUUCAUUUCACCAGUUCACACACCUAAAAAAUAAAGAGUGAAGCUACUGAAACCAAAGAUAAUAUAGCCCCAGCAAACAACAACAACAACAACUAGAUAAUGAUAAUAGAAAACCACCACCUAUUCAUCCCAAAUGGCUGACACGUAUUGCCCUGAUUGUAAACGUCCAACGGAGGUCGUUUUUGACCACUCCGCCGGCGACACCGUUUGUUCAGAGUGCGGUCUUGUUCUCGAAUCUCAUUCCAUCGAUGAAACCUCUGAAUGGAGAACUUUUGCUAACGAAUCAGCUGAUAAUGACCCUGUUCGUGUUGGUGGUCCUUCUAAUCCUCUUCUUGCUGACGGUGGUCUCUCCACCGUCAUUUCUAAGCCUACUGGUGCUUCUGGUGAUUUCUUGACCUCUUCUUUGGGUCGCUGGCAGAACCGUGGCUCCAAUCCUGAUCGUUCUCUUAUCCAAGCUUUCAAAACUAUUGCUACCAUGUCUGAUAGGUUGGGCCUUGUUGCGACCAUUAAGGAUCGAGCUAAUGAAAUUUACAAAAAAGUAGAAGAUCAAAAGCCUCUCAGAGGUCGGAAUCAGGAUGCAGUUUUAGCCGCUUGCCUUUACAUUGCUUGUCGACAAGAAGACAAACCCCGCACAGUGAAAGUAGAAAUAUGUUCAGUUGCUAAUGGAGCCACAAAGAAGGAGAUUGGCCGUGCAAAGGAGUAUAUUGUUAAGCAGCUGGAGGUGGAGCUUGGCCAAUCUAUGGAAAUGGGAACAAUACAUGCUGGGGACUUUCUGAGACGUUUUUGCUCUCACCUUGGGAUGAACAAUCAAGCAGUUAAAGCAGCUCAAGAAGCUGUGAAGAAAUCUGAAGAGCUUGAUAUAAGGCGAAGCCCAAUAUCAAUAGCAGCAGCAAUCAUUUACAUGAUAACUCAGCUUUCAGAGGAAAAGAAACUUCUGAAAGAUAUAUCAACUUCGACGGGAGUGGCUGAAGGGACCAUCAGAAAUUCCUACAAGGACCUCUAUCCGUAUGCUUCCAGGAUUGUACCAAGCUGGUAUGCCAAGGAGGAAGACCUCAUCAACCUCUGUAGUCCUUAAAUAUCCAAGGGCAACAAACAAUAGAUUAGGUAAUUAGGCUGCGGUGCGGCAUGUUUUUCAAGUUAAAUGCUGCUUCUGUUCAUUUCCACUUGAGAAGUAUUAGACAGAGAUAUCGCUUCUAACUGAUCAUUUUCCAGAA